CAGUUGUCAAAGUCGAGGUCCGGGGGCCAAAUCUGGCCCGCCACAUCAUUUUAUGUGGCCCGCAAAAGCAAAUCAAGCAUGUCAAGUUGCAUGAUGCUUGCUGAAGUCUGAACCAACAUUUCAAAUUGUCAUAUGUAAUCCACGUUAACAGUCAUUGUUCUUGACUUCUGUUUUUAAAACGAGUUCUUCAUCAAUUUGUUGUGCAUUCUGUAUGUAAUAUGUGGAGGCGAUUAAACAUUCAUAUGGUUUCCCAAAAUUCAUAACGGCCCUUCAAGGGAAAACGUUACAACAAUGUACUCUGUCACAAAAAUGAGUUUGACAUCCCUGCUUUAAGUCAAUGAUGUUUAACAUUGAUUUGAGUUUUAAAUUCCACCAUAGUUUGUAGCAUUUUUAUGGUUUAAACUAUUAAUAUAAGCGGUUGUAAACAUUUUUAGGGUACCUUCAGUUACUCGGGUUUUGUCACUUGCGGGAGGGCUCAGUCCGCAUCACGGCAAAUUACUGUACUGUUCAACAAUUGUGUGUGUUUUGUUGUUGCGAAGACGAUGGAUUCGGUGACACUUCAGCCGGAGGCAGCUCAGUGGGCUGAAAACAGCAGCCUUUCAAAGUCCCUCACAUCUCUGGAGUUCGUCACCGUGCGCACCAUCGUCCCUCCUUACAUCAUCACCGUGUCUGUGGUGGGCCUCGCCUUGAACGCCUUCGUCCUGUGCGUGUUUUUUGCGCACAAGGAUCGCCUGACGGUAGCUGAGGUCUACCUGGGCAACCUGGCUUUGGCCGACUUCGCUCUUUUGUGCGGCCUCCCCUUCUGGGCCGCCAACAUCCUCAACAGUUUUGACUGGCCGUACGGCGACGCCUUGUGCAAGCUGGUCAACUGCGUCAUGACAGUGAACCUCUAUACCAGCGUCUACACCCUUGUCAUGAUCAGUGUGGACCGCUACCUAGCGAUCGUGAGGACCAUGAAGGCGAAGUGGCUUCGACGGACGCGGUACGCCAAGGUCGUAUGCGUGUUCCUCUGGAUAUUCGGGCUCUCACUCAGCACGCCGACCAUGCUGCACAGAAAGGUGAUGUACUUUGAAGAAUUCCAGAUGACUGCCUGCAUUUUGGACUACAGCCACGGUAGCUCGUGGAAGUUAGCCAACCAAGUUCUGCUGAACGUCAUCGGCUUCGUCGUCCCGACUCUGGUGAUCGUCUCCUGCAGCAGUUCUAUCGUCAAGGCUUUGCGACGGAGAAUAGAAAGCGUUGGACUUCAGGAUGUUAAUGACACGAAGGCCACAGUUCUGUUGUACGCCGUCACGUUGCUGUUCAUCCUUUGCUGGGGGCCCUACCAGGUCUUCACCUUCCUCGACACCCUCUGCGACAUCCACGUGCUGGACGUCACAGUAUGGUCUCAUUCUCUGGACGUAGGGGGACAGGUCUCGGCUUAUCUCGGAGUCCUCAACAGCGCUCUCAACCCUGUGCUCUAUGUCCUCUCUGGGCAAUACUUCAGGAAGAAAGUUAGUUCUAUUUAUAGACGGGCUCUGCGUACUCGUCGAGGAUCAGACAUGACCACCUAUCAGCGCUCCGUCGCCUCCACUUACAUUCACAGACCUGAGCAGAUUAAACCUGUUGUCAUUUAGGACGAUGAAAAAAUAUAUAUUUAUAUCUGCAUCAAUUGUUGAAUGAUGUCAUGGCAUACUAUAAUAUGCUAUGGUGUGAUU